UUGACUGUCUGUUGUGUGAUCAGGCGUUCCCGGGGACGUAACUAUGAGGCAGAGCUGCAGAGGUGUUGUCCAGAGGUGGCUCCGAUUGACUUCGGAGAGUACCAUCCCCUCAAGCCCAUCAUGGUGACGGACACAAAGACCCGUCGCGGGACCCGCAAGGGCAGCACCUCCUCCUCUUCCUCCUCCUCGUCUUCAGCGCCGCCGGAUCCCCUCAGCUCCAUGCUGGACGGCACCGACCCCCUGUCCAUGUUUGCCGCGGCCUCGGCCACCGAGCCCACAGCCGUGCCCCGCAGCAGCUCGGCCGCGGAGCUUGGGAGGAAGAGGAGAGAGAAGGAGGAAGAGGUGGUGGGACCAGACUUUGAACCCUGGUCGUCGAAACGAGGGGAAAUCCUGGCGAGGUUCACCACCACUGAAAAACUCUCCAUUAAUCUUUUCAUGGGCUCAGAGAGAGGUAAAGCUCCAAGUCCUGGAUCAUCCGCCGUUUCGGAGAAGGUCCGCACUCGCCUGGAGGAGCUGGAUGAUCUGGAGGAGGGCUCCCAAAGAGAGCUGCUGAACCUCUCCCAGCAGGAUUACGCCAACCGUAUCGAAGAGCUGAACCAGUCCCUGAAGGAGGCCUGGGCGUCUGACCAAAAAGUCAAAGCCCUGAAGAUUGUCAUCCAGUGCUCCAAGCUCCUGUCCGACACCUCGGUGAUCCAGUUCUACCCCAGCAAGUUCGUCCUCAUCACGGACAUCCUCGACACCUUCGGCCGUUUGGUGUACGAUAGAAUCUGGACCAUGUGUUCAGACCCGAGACCCCUACCAGACUCUUUCACAGUUGAAGACGUCAACGACACCGCAAAGGAGACGUGCCUCAACUGGUUCUUUAAAAUCGCCUCCAUCAGAGAGCUGCUGCCCAGACUAUACGUGGAAGCCGCCAUCCUCAAGUGCAACCGUUUCCUCAACGUAGCGGGCAUCCAGGAGACCCUCCCCCGCCUGACGGCCAUGAUCCGAGGGAUCGGAGACCCGCUGGUGGCCGCGAACUUCUUCGACCUGCUGGCCACCUUCCGGCAGAUCAGCGGCGACAGCAUCCAGAAGCAGCUGCAGGUCCAGCGGGUGGAGGCGCCCGAGUACCUGACGCUCUACUCCCCGGCCAUCAACUGGAUCCUGCAGUGCAUCGCCUACCGAGCUCCAGAGCUGCUACUAACGGAGAUGAUGGAGAGAUGCAAGGCCCUGGCUAAUAAUGCCUUGCUCCUGAACUCCAUCAUGAGGGCCUUCAAACCGGAGUUCGUGGCGGCCAGAGCCACCGACUUCAUCGGCAUGAUCAAAGACUGCGACGAGUCCGGCUUCCCAAAGCACCUGCUGUUCGGCUCUCUGGGACGCAGUCUGGCCUGUGCCGACCCCCCGGAGUCCGAGAGGCUGACCAUCCUGAACGAGGCCUGGAAGGUGGUCACCAAAGUCCGCAGCCCUCAGGACUACAUCAACUGCGCAGAGAUCUGGGUGGAGUUCACCUGCCGGCAUUUCACUAAACGGGAGGUUAACACGGUUCUGGCCGACAUCAUCAAACACAUGACGCCUGACCGGGCAUUUGAGGACGCCUACCCUCAGGUUGGCGCUGUGCCCCCCCCCCCCCCCCCCCCCCCCGCCUUCAUUGACCCCCCCCUGUUACUGACCGUCCUGUCUUUGCUCCGCCCGCAGCUGCAGUCGGUCAUCAGGAAGAUCCUCACCUACUUCCACGACUUCUCCGUCCUGUUCUCAAUGGAGCGCUUCCUGCCCUUCCUGGACAUGUUCCAGAAAGACAGCGUGCGGGUGGAGGUCUGCAAAUCCAUCAUGGAGGUCUUCAUCAAACACCAGGUGGAGCUGACCAGGGACCCGGUCAUCCUCAACGCCAUGCUGCACAUAUGCAAGACCAUGCACGACUCGGUCAAUAACCGCCUGUCGGUCUGCAGUGCACUCACCCUCGAGGACGAGAAAAGAUCACUGGCUCUGCUCAUCAUCGGUUUCAUCCGCAUGGUUUCCUUCGGUCGCGACUUCGAGCAGCAGCUGAGUUUCUGUGUGGAAGCCAGAGCCACCUUUUGCAACCUGGAGCCGGUGCUGGUGCAGCUCAUUCACACUGUAAAUCAGCUCGCCAUGGAGACCAGGAGGGUGAUGAGAGGGAGCCACUCCCGAAAGACGGCCGCUUUCGUCAGAGCGUGUGCCGCCUACAGUUUCAUCACCAUCCCGUCUCUCAGCAGCAUCUUUAGCCGCCUGAACCUCUACCUGCUGUCCGGUCAGGUCGCCUUAGCCAACCAGUGUCUGUCCCAGGCCGACGCUUUCCUCAAAGCGGCUGUCAGCCUUCUUCCCGAGGUUCCGCGUUCCAUCAGCGUGGAGGGCAAACUGCGCUCCUCCGAGAGCUUUCUCUUGGAUUUCCUCAACAACUUCCUGGCCACGCUCCUCGUCGUCCCGGACCACCCGGAGCACGGGGUCCUCUACCUGGUCCGCGGGCUGCUCAACAUAGUCCAGGAUUACACCUGGGAGGACAACAGCGACGCAAAGGUGCGGGUGUACGUCGGCGCGCUGCCGCUGCUGGCCGCCAUGAGCCAGGAGAGCUAUCUGUACACCAUCCCCAAAGUGGACUCUAAUGAGACGCUGUAUGGCGGCGACCCCAAGUUCCUGUCCGAGGUCAACAAGCUUUGCGAGACUCUGAUUGGACAGAUCCUGGACCAUCUGAAGGCGCUCGCUCGGGACGAGCAGAGCCUGCGCCGCCAGAGCGCGCUGGCCUUCUCCCUGUUCGGCGUCCUGCUGGCCCACGGCGACCUGCGCAACAACAAGCUGAGUCAGCUGGCCAUCAACCUGUGGAACCUCAGCCACAAACACGGACACUGCGAGACGCGCCUCUCGGUUCGGACCCUGGAGUCCGUCAAGCAUCAGGCGCAGCUGCCCGACAUGGCUCACCUGUCGGAGACGGUCCAGAGGCUGGCGCUCCAGUCCCGCACCUGA